AUGAGAGAAGUUAUUUCACUUCACGUCGGUCAAGCUGGUGUCCAGAUUGGUAAUGCCUGUUGGGAAUUCGAGACUUUCUUCUCUGAGACUGAAGGUGGUAAGCACGUUCCUCGUACCGUUAUGGUCGAUUUGGAACCCUCAGUAAUUGAUGAGGUGCGUACUGGUGCUUAUCGUCAACUCUUCCAUCCUGAACAAUUGAUCAGUGGCAAGGAAGAUGCUGCAAACAAUUAUGCUCGUGGUCAUUACACUGUUGGUAAAGAAAUGGUUGAUAAUGUAUUGGACCGUAUUCGUAAGUUAGCCGAUAACUGUUCUGGUCUUCAAGGUUUCCUUGUUUUCCAUUCAUUCGGUGGUGGUACUGGUUCUGGUUUUGGUUCUCUUUUGAUGGAACGUCUUUCAGUGGAUUACGGUAAGAAGUCCAAGCUUGAGUUCUCUGUCUACCCUGCACCUCAAUUAUCUACCUCUGUUGUUGAGCCUUAUAAUUCUAUCUUGACCACCCAUACAACUCUUGAACAUUCCGAUGUCUCCUUCAUGGUUGAUAACGAAGCUAUUUAUGAUAUCUGUCGUCGUAAUUUGGAUAUUGAACGUCCUACUUACUCCAACUUAAAUCGUUUGAUUGCUCAAGUUGUUUCUUCUAUUACUGCUUCUCUUCGUUUCGAUGGUUCUCUUAACGUUGAUUUGAAUGAAUUCCAAACCAAUUUGGUUCCUUAUCCUCGUAUUCAUUUCCCCUUGGUUACUUAUGCCCCUAUUAUCUCUGCUGCUAAGGCUUAUCAUGAACAAAUGUCAGUUCCCGAAAUCACCUAUUCUUGUUUCGAACCCAACAAUCAAAUGGUCAAGUGUGAUCCCCGUAACGGUAAAUAUAUGGCAUGUUGUUUGUUGUAUCGUGGUGAUGUUGUUCCCAAGGAUACCAAUGCUGCUAUCUCUGCUAUUAAGACCAAGCGUACCAUUCAAUUCGUCGAUUGGUGUCCUACUGGUUUCAAGGUUGGUAUUAAUAACCAACCUCCUACAAUUGUCCCUGGUGGUGAUUUAGCUCAAGUGCAACGUGCUGUCUGUAUGUUAUCUAACACUACUGCCAUUGCUGAAGCAUGGGCUCGUCUUGAUCAUAAGUUCGAUUUAAUGUACGCUAAGCGUGCUUUCGUUCAUUGGUAUGUCGGUGAAGGUAUGGAAGAAGGUGAAUUCUCUGAAGCUCGUGAAGAUUUAGCCGCUCUCGAAAAGGAUUACGAGGAGGUUGGUGCUGACUCUCUUGGUGACUCUGAGAUGGAAGAGAAUGAAGAAUACUAGAUAUUUUUUUGUUUUUUUUUAUAUAUAUUUUAUUUAUAACCCCCCAACAACAACACACACAUAACACACACAUUUAAUUCCAAAAAACAUUUUUUAUUUUCAUAUAAUAAAUUAACAAAAAAUAGCCACAAAA